AUGCGGCGACAAAUACAGGAAGAGAUGCAGACAGAAAUGCAGCGGCAACUAGCUGAGAUAAGACGUAAAAACGAAGAGGAAGUCAACGCCUUGAGGGUGGAAAACCAAAGAAUCAGGAGACAGACCGAACGCACGGAGAGAAGGAGAGAAAUGCCACAAGAAGAAGAAGUACAAGAAGAGACGUCAGACCAGGAGGAAUCCCGCGCUCAAACUAAUCCCAAUCAUACCGGUGCACUAGCAAGAACACCUAGGCGUCACCCCUUUGUGGACGGAAUCAUGACGGCUGACCUCCCUGCACGUUGGAAGGGGCUUACUAUGAAUCAGUAUGAUGGCACCACAGAUCCGGAGGAGCAUAUAGACAUCUUUACCACUCAGGUGGGACUGUAUACAACCGAAGACGCCAUCCUCUGUCGCGUUUUCCCAACAUCGCUAAAGGGUCCGGCGCUCCGUUGGUUUACCCGGCUUCCCCCCAACUCCGUGGACUGUUUUGAUACACUGACGACGCGUUUUAGCAUUCAAUUUGCUACUAGCAAACCCCAUCAUCUCACCUCUUUGGCACUGGUGAAUGUGCGGCAAGAAAAAGAUGAGACAUUACGCAAUUUCAUGGAGCGAUUCGGGAAACUAUCCCUAAACAUCAGUAAUUUGAAUCCAGAGGUAGCCAUGCAUCAUUUGAUUACAGCCCUGCGACCAGGCCCAUUUGUGGACAGCCUGUGCAAAAAACCUGUGGCCAAUCUGGACGAGCUCCGAACGCGAGCUACGAAGUUUAUGCAAAUGGAAGAGCUGAAGGAGUUUCGCAACACCACCCGCAGGGAAACCCUUGACAGAAAGCAACCCGAGAGAGACAGAGCAACAACCUCAAGACCAGGCUCUAGGUUCCGAGAGCAAAGACAACCAAAGUAUCAUAGAUACACCCCGCUGAUAUCCAACAGGGCACAGAUUCUGGAGGAAGCCCUAAAUGCCGACCUUAUAUCUCCCCCUAGAAAGGUCCUAACUCCCCCUCAUGCUGACACCACGAAGCACUGCCGUUAUCACCGAAAUUACGGCCAUACUACAGAAGAAAAGGAGGACCGAGAUGGAGGAAACGAGAGGAAAGAGUACAGAGCGCCAGCGUAUGGGGGGCGACGCGAAGAUAACCUUAGACGAAAGAUCGAUCAUAAGAAGGAUGAGCAACGGGAACCACAGGAAAAGCCAUUACGGGGAGUUAUUAACUACAUUGCGGGAGGUUUCACUGGUGGGGGCUCCACUGCAUCUGCCAGAAAGAAGUAUGUCCGUGCAGUUCAGAGCGUGAAUGCAGUUUCUAUAUAUCCGCGUAGGCAUAUGGCGCCUAUUACCUUUAGGGACGACGAUUUUCAGGUUGUUGACCCUCAACAUGAUGAUCCGAUGGUCAUAUCGGUGGAAAUUGAAGACUUCGCUGUCAGAAAAACCCUUGUGGAUCAAGGAAGUUCGGUAGACAUCCUCUAUUGGAGAACUUUCAAAAAGUUGAAAAUUUCAGAAGAAGACAUUCAACAUUAUUCAGAACCCAUAGUUGGCUUUUCAGGUGAGAGGGUGGACACGAAAGGCUAUAUCGACCUCUUCACUAAAUUUGGAGGAGGAAAGGUGACGAGGACGGUAAAGAUCAGGUACCUCAUCGUCGAUGCGCACACAUCAUAUAACAUAUUAUUAGGAAGGCCCUCUCUUAAUACGUUGGGCGCAGUCGUUUCCACAUAUCAUUUGGCAAUGAAGUUUCCUUCCGCAUCUGGAGAUAUCAUCACCAUACACGUGGACCAACCUACUGCUCGUAAGUGUUAUGCGGAUAGCUUGAGAGGACGACCUAGGUCACCACCAAAACGCGCAGUACACAAUAUUGAGAGAACAUCGAGGAUUGAGGGCAUAGACUUAGAUCCUCGCUUCAAUGAUGACACACGGGUCGAACCGGUUGAGGCCACAGAGAGACAUGACUUUGGGGACGGGGUCAGGUACACCUACACUGGUAAGGCGUAUGCAGAUGUCGAGGAGCUGAAGCAGACGUUGAACGAGCACGCCGAUUUGUUUGCAUGGAGCGCAGCCGACAUGCCUGGAAUCGACCUUCGAAUUGCUUGCCACAAACUGUCUGUUUAUACAGAAGCAAAAUCGGUCUCUCAAAAGAGGCGAAAAAUGGGGGAAGAAAAGAGAGAAGCAACCAAGAUUGAGGUACAGAAACUGCUCUCUGCGGGCUUUAUCGCAGAGGCUAAGUAUACCACUUGGUUGGCCAACGUGGUAUUGGUCAAAAAGCCCAAUGGCAAGUGGCGGAUGUGCACGGACUACACAGACCUUAAUAAGGCCUGCCCCAAAGACACUUAUCCUUUACCCAGCAUCGACCGGCUUGUCGAUGGAGCAGCUGGCCAUAGGGUACUUAGUUUCUUGGAUGCCUAUUCGGGUUACAACCAGAUACCUAUGUACGCAGGUGACAAGGAGAAAACAGCUUUCAUCACAGAGGAAGCCAAUUUCUACUAUGAGGUAAUGCCCUUUGGUUUGAAAAACGCAGGAGCGACGUAUCAAAGAUUGAUGGAUCGGGUUUUUCAUCAUCUGAUUGGAAAAUGCAUGGAGGUUUACGUAGAUGACAUGGUGGUGAUGUCCGAUUCGUUAGAACAGCACAUAAUAGACCUCAGGGAGGUGCUACAUGCAGUACGCCGAUAUGACAUGCGUUUAAAUCCAGAGAAGUGCGUGUUCGGAGUCACAGGAGGGAAAUUCUUAGGGUUCAUGUUAACACACCGAGGAAUUGAGGCUAACCCAGACAAGUGCCAAGCGGUACUAAGUAUGCGUAGUCCUGCAAACAUCAAGGAGACACAGAGGUUGGUCGGACGUUUAGCAGCACUGUCGAGAUUCAUGCCAACAUUAGCCGAGAAAACACAGCCCAUGCUUAAACUGAUGAAGAAGGCUUGUAAGUUCGCGUGGGAUGAAGCCUGUGAGCACGCGUUUGUUAAACUGAAAGAAUAUCUGUCCUCACCCCCGAUAUUGCACAAACCCGCAAAAGGUAAACCACUUUUAAUAUAUCUAGCUAUUUCUAAUAACGUCGUAAGCACUGCUAUAGUCCAGGAACACGAUGGACAACAACAACCUGUUUACUUCAUCAGCAGAGUUCUGCACGAUGCUGAGCUGCGCUACCAGACGGUGGAGAAGGUGGCAUUGGCAUUGGUAGUCACAACCAGAAGAUUACGGCCGUACUUUCAGAGCUAUGAGGCCAUAGUGCGAACCGACUACCCAAUACACAAAAUGCUGAGGAGACCCGAUCUGGCGGGCCGAAUGGUGGGAUGGUCAGUUGAGUUGUCCGAAUUUCACAUUCGCUGUGAAGCGAGAGGAGCAAUCAAAGCCCAAUGUCUGGCUGACUUUGUUAACGAGCUAGCUGGACAGACAGAGCCGAACGAUAACACAUGGACACUUUUUGUGGACGGCUCCUCUAAUACCAAAGAUGGAGGGGCUGGCAUAGUUUUGCAAGGACCAAACAAUCUUCUUCUUAAGCAAUCCUUGCGGUUCGGAUUCAAGCCCUCAAACAAUCAAGCGGAGUAUGAAGCAUUGAUUGCUGGACUGCAUUUGGCAGCAGAUAUGGGCGUCGAGAAUCUCACGUGCAAAUCCGACUCACAACUCCUGGUGGGACAUAUGGAUGGCAGUUUCCAGGUGAAAGAUCCUCUCCUCAUCCGCUAUUACCAUGUCGUAAAAGGAAUGUUGGCACAAUUUAAAACAGUACGGCUGGAACACAUUAAUCGAGCGCAGAACUCCAGAGCAGACUUACUCUUUAAGUUAGCCACGACUAAGAUAAAGGGACAUCAUCACACAGUAAUUCAUGCUACACUCAGUCAACCCACUGUCACCAUGAUAGAUAGCAAUGUCACAGAGGUAACAAAAACAGAGGACAAGGGGUGGAUGGUUCCCAUAGUUCAAUUCAUACAGCAUGGUGAGGACAGCGGAACUGACGACCCCGCAAUCAGGAAGAAGGCUUCGCGGUUCAUGCUCAUAGGCGGUGAAUUAUAUAAAAGAGGAUUUUCCAACCCCCUCUUAAAAUGUGUAGCCGAAAAUCAAACGCAAUACUUGAUGGAUGAAUUGCACACAAGCAUUUGUGGUUUUCAUUCCGGCUCGAGAACCAUGGCGUCCCGCAUCUUGAGAGCAGGGUACUAUUGGCCUACCCUCAAGACGGAUUGUGACAGAUAUGUUCAACGAUGCACUCGCUGCUAG